AUGGAUGGUAUUGGUAUUCUACCUGUGGUUGAUGAUUUGGCCGAGGAAAGUCAAUGCGCUAGUCCUUCCUAUUCCCUUAAAGCCUUGGAAUAUGCCCCUGCCCCCGGAGUCGUGCCUGUUGACUAUGCUCAAAAUAUGAUCCUCUCGUUUCCGGACUUGAGUACAAACAAACUUCGACAAGCUAUGGAACUAGGUGACUGUAUUUUCCCCCCAGACUUGGCCCGUUUGGAAACAUAA